AUGCCUCGUUUGAGAUGGACGCCUGAUCUUCACCAGUGCUUCGUGCAUGCAGUUGAACGCUUGGGUGGAGAAGACAGAGCAACCCCAAAGAUGGUUUUACAGAUAAUGGAUGUGAAAGGGCUAGCAAUCUCGCACGUUAAGAGUCAUCUUCAGAUGUAUAGGAUCACCAAGCAUGAACAGAUGAUGCAAGAAGCGGCUAUUGCAGCAAGGAGGAACGAGGAGGUAUCGGAUCCGAUGAACAUGAACUACCGACAAAAUCAUCAGUUUCAGGAUCACGGAGGACUCUUUAAUCGCAAUUCAUUCCCCAGUAUCUGCCUCGGAGGGAUGCCAACGAACACCUUAUUUCGGCCGCUACAAUGGAAUGGAAACAAAGGGAGUAACCAGCUAUCCUACAGGGAAUAUGAGCAAACAUCAAAUUCAUAUAUAAUCUUCCAGGAUUUACUCAAAAGUUGCACGAUCCAGGAGAACAAUGAACAUCCAAACGUGGAGCCAGUACACGGUGGUGCGAAUCAGAAGUGCAAUCAUCAGUCGGCAGCGGAGAGAACGGUGUCGGAUUGUUCGAUUCGCCGGUCGAUUAACUCGAAAGUUUCGGAGACGAUGUUAAGGCAUGGCAAAACUGAGACUUUAAGUCUCGAUGAUGUUUCUCUAGAACUCACUCUUGCUUGA